AUGGUGGUUGUUAGAAGUGCUCGGCUGCGUCUGUUGUCGUCGCUGAUGCAGAGUCUCAAGUUCGAGGAGGGAUUCUGCCAGUGGCUCCCACCCGCCGCAUUUUUUCUGAGAAAACAGCAGCUUCUCAACCAGCACGUGAGCGAAAGUGCCGCCAGUCACGUGCAGUUCGGUCACGCACAACCCAUGUCAGCGACAAAUUCGGGAGAAAGCCACGGCACUGCUUUUCUGAUGAAAAACAGACGCGAAACUCCCAAGCCUUACAAGUUUGCACACUUGCGAGACAACUCAAACUAUAUCAAACACUACAGAGAAGAGCACAACUGCAGAACAGUCAAGUUGCACCGGAAAGACAUCGAAAUGUAUAAUCUACUGGCCAAUGACAUGAGUGCAUUCUACGACCGACUGAGACGAAACAAAAACGGAGGCGCCACAAUCAUAAACGGACAAAUAUACUUCCGACAAGACGAAAUAGCAGCUGUGAGUAACAGCAACAACAGCCAAUCAGACGCGAACAAGAACAGCGGGGGGUUGGACGAGGCUGAGAAUCGAACCGCUGCUGGUGGCGUGGCAGCAUCGGUAUCGCAUUCGAUUCACAAACCGUCUAGUUCGAUUCCACUGCAGAGAACCCGUUCUAUUCCCCAUUAUAAACCGCGAGGCUAUUAUCAGAUGCCGUUUUUUAACAUAACGGGAAAAGUGCUGAAAAUGAUGCCACGUGAGUUUGAAGACGAGCGAUAUGAAGACUAGAUUAGUCUCACCAACGGAGGACAGCA